AUGUCGAUCCCCAACGAAGCCCUGCAGAAGCUUCUGCAAGAAAUCGAAACCCGCGCAAUGGCAUCCCAGCAACAGAUCGGAAUCACCAAGGCCCAGAUGACUGCUAAGCAGCGUGAUAUCCGCAUGCUUCAACUGACAUCGAAGGAGCUCUCGGACCUGCCUUCUGCGACGCCGGUGUAUGAGGGUGUCGGUAAAAUGUUCGUCAAUGUCCCUAUCGACGCAGUCAACAAGCGCCUUACCCGUGAGAGCUCCGAGGCCGCUACUGAGAUCACCAAUCUGGAAAAGAAGCUGCACUACCACGAGACUACGCACAAGAACAGCCGGGAGAACUUGGAGCAGAUUUUGAAGUCCGGUGGUCGUGCGUGA